UUCCCUUUACUCGGGAUGUCUGGCAACUUGGGGACAGUGACCUGGACCCUGUUCCUCCUCCUCCUUGCACCUGGCUGGGUAGAACCGCAGGCCUGCACGUAUCCAUGCCAGUGUCCCUCCCAGCCUCUGCAGUGCCCCCCUGGCACCAGCCAUGUGUUGGAUGCCUGUGGUUGCUGCAAGGUGUGUGCCAGGCAGCUUGGCGAGCUCUGUUCCCUGCAGAAACCCUGUGAUCAUCACAAGGGACUCUACUGCGACUUCUCCAAAAUCCACAGAGGCAGCGGGAUCUGCUUAGCUCACGAGGGCGCGACUUGUGACCUGCUGGGCAAGAUCUACCACAACGGAGAGAGCUUCCAGCCCACCUGCAAGCUGCAGUGCAUCUGCAUGGACGGGGCCAUCGGCUGCAUCCCGCUCUGCUCCGACGACCUGCGGCUGCCAUCCCCCGAGUGCCCCAACCCGCGGCGGGUGAAGUUCCACAAUAAGUGCUGCGAAGAGUGGAUCUGCGAGGAGGGCAGCGAGGAAAACCGCUUCGAAACAGCCAUGGCGGUUUUCAGGGAGGAUCCGGCACACAAGCCGGAGCUGAAUAACCUGCAGGAGAACUGCUUGGUGCAGACCACCGAGUGGAGCGCUUGCUCCAAGAGCUGCGGCAUGGGCAUCUCUGCCCGAGUAACCAACGACAACCCCCAGUGCCGCCUGGAGAAGGAGACCCGGCUCUGCAUGGUCCGGCCCUGUGACUUCCCCGUGGAGAAAACCAAGAAGGGGAAGAAGUGUGUGCGGACCCCAAAGCCACGCCAGAGCCUCCACUUUGAGUUUUCGGGCUGCACCAGCACCCGUUCCUACCGGCCCAAGUUCUGCGGCAGCUGCACGGACGGCCGCUGCUGCACCCCGUACGUCACCAGCACCGUGGAAGUGGAGUUCCGCUGCCCCGAGGGGGACUUCUUCCAGCGGAAGAUGAUGUUCAUCAAGGUGUGCUCCUGCCACUACGACUGCCCCCGAGACAACGACAUCUUUCUGGCCACCUAUCACAGGAGGAUGAUUGGAGACCACGUCAAGACAGAGAGGCAGUAGCCCUCUCCAUGCCAGAUCCACAGGCCAAGGUGUCAAGAGGGCUCUGCAGCGCUUUCGUGGCUGUGUCCCAGGUCAAUGCAGCCUCUUCCCCCUCUGUGAGGGGCUGUGCUCUUCAGAACAGCACCGUUCGCCACCAGUGGUCCCAGUGGCCUUCCUAACAAGCCGAGGUGCGUGGGGGCACAGCCCCAUCUGCUCCAGGCUCCUGACCUUCACCCGUGGUGGUGCAAAGGUCAGUGAAGGAACCAGAAACAGGCUUGAGCCGCAAACUUGAUCCAUGUUCCCACUGACCAGAUGGGAGAGUGGAUCAAAGCCGCGUGGCUCCAGCCUGUGUCCAGCUGAGAGCACAGCGGGUACGAUUCCCCGUGGCCACUGGCCUGCCAAAACCAUGCGGCAAACCCAGAGCAUGAGACAGGGGAAGCCCAGGAGGCCUGAGCUAAAGCCGAGCUCUGCGGCCUGCUUUCUAGCAGAGUGGGGCUCUGCUGCGUGUUGAUGCAAAGCUUCUCAGUGAGGAAAGUGGUCCUGGCCCGGUGCUGGGCUUCUGCUGAGCUUUUCAACUAUUUUUGGCUAAUUCGAUCCAACAAGUUGGCAAAAACUCUUCCCCAUCCUAGUGCCCACCUUUCACCCUCCCAUGUGCUUUCCUGUCAGCAGCUUUGUUCCAGAUCCGUUUGCUCCUAGAGAGGCCGGAUCAUCUGCUGGGCGACCUGUUCUCCGGGCAGCUCAAGGCUGGGCUUGCUUUUUUCCCCCAUUAAAUUCCUUUUAGCCUCGUGUGCCAGCGAGGGUGACGGCGAAGACAAGGAAACAGCCAGUUGUGUAGUGUCACUGCAGGAGAUGGAGUGUGGCUCAGGGCCUCCUCCAGAAGAUCUGAGCCCAGGAAGGAGUUUAGAAAAAAGGAUUUGGCCAGGCUGUAGCUUUGCCUCUGGCGCUGGCAGGGCAGUGUUUUUAGUGCUGUGAUCAGCAUGUCCUAUUGUCCCUUUCGGUAAGCUCUUCAGAAAUGGCUCUGGGGUGGGAGAGGGGCUGGACUCCGCCGGCUUGCACAUCCACAGUGGGGCUGCAGCUACGUUUCGGCUCUGGAGUCUUUGCUGGUGGGUCACAAGUUGGAGGAAUGCAGUUCAGCUCGGGUCUCCCCAGGGAAUUUAAGGCACUGGCAAGAAAAAUGCCCGUAUUUGUAAAUGGAGUUACUGAGGCAGUGGCACGGAAAGCUGCAUGGUGCUGGGGUCUCCAGCACUGGGAUUCCCUUCUUCCCAAAUCUGUGCAGAGUCUCUCUGCCGUUAACGACGUGCUGAUGGCCAGCCCGUAGCUCUGGGAGAGGCCACCAUCACAGGAGUGGUCCCGUAAGCCCCCAGCCUGGCUGGCACAGCCAGCAGCGAUGCAGCCCCGUGCACCUCGGCAGCUCCAUGGUGUCUCUGAAGUCUUACCAGUUGCGUUUAAUGUCUGCUGAUUUUUAGCAGAAACAUCCAGGUAAAGUGCCGGAUCUCGUUCCUUAAAUCUUCCCGGCCUUUCACUGCUGGAAAUCAUGAUGGAUUCCUGUCCCGGCCAGGCAGGAGCAGGGGUCACGCUGCAGCACUGAGGCUUUACCCCACCACAACUCCCACCCCAAAGCAGAACCUGAUGCCGGAGGAUAAUCCCAGCCAUCAAUAAACGCUGCCCUGCAGCUCGUAACUCCGCUGAAAUGCCAGCUUGGGGCCUGUGUCUCGUCUCAGCCCCUCUUUUCUUGCUCUCUCAGCCUGCGGAAGCUCAUGAGCCUUCAGCCUCCUGUAAUCAAUUAGAACUGUAAAUAAUUUAUCUGAUGUUGUUUUUUUUUUUUAAAGGCCUUUGUACAGUUCUUGUAUCCUUUUAGUACAACCUCGCUUGGGGCCUUUUCUCCCCUUGCCCUCCAGGUCUGCUCUGAACUUUUUUCUCCUGCCAUUUACACGGCUUCUGAGUGUAAAACUACGCUGAGGUUGCACUUUACUCAACGCUAAUAAAUAUCUCUUUAUUUUUUAUAUCCCUGGCAGCAUCCCUCUGUGUGAGGCUCCUGCCCGGCUUCCCCUCCGGCCUUUCCCCAGUGCCACCGGCCUGCUGGGACCAGUGCUGGGAUCCUCUGCAAAGCCAAUGGCUGGGUGCGGAGAGGAUGGGGGGUCCACAGGAGAGAGGGGGGGCUGUUCCCCUUCCCGAACAGCAGCGGGGCUGGUGUUGGUGUCUCAUGGGCACCUCUGGGAGGGGACACGCAGAGCCCCCCCCUCGCCUGCUUAAGGACCCAGAAGUCCUUAAUACCCGGUUAAAAAUA